AGCAGAGGAGACCAAAGAAUCGUCUUCCUAUGAGAGAUGAAGAGUUACAACGACGAUCUGCUUUUAGUAUCCGACUAUUCCUGAAGGAGUUUUGUGUGGAGUUUCUAAAUGGAGCAUAUAACACACUGAUGUACCAUGUGAAGGAUGGACUUGUUCGAGCGAAGGCUCAGGCUAAUGAUGAGUCAUACUACUUAUGGGCCAUGAAGUUUUUCAUGGAAUUCAAUAGAAAUUACAAAUUUCAGGUUAAAUUUGUCAGUGAAACAAUGUCGGUACAAACAUUCCAUUAUGUUCAGACACAGAUGGAGAAUUGUUAUGAUGCAUUAAUGUCAGACAAGAAGAAAAUGCUGCUGUGGUCACGAAGGAUGCAUCUUGCUCUUAAAGCAUAUCAGGAAUUACUGAUGACAUUGACAGCCAUGGACAAAUCUGACAACUCGAUGAUACGGGAAUCUUCAAAAGUCAUCAAAAGUAACAUUUUCUAUGUAGUGGAAUAUCGGGAGCUUAUUCUGACAUUACUUCUCAAUUUUGAUGAAACAAAGUUCACAAAGUCAUACUUGAAGGACCUCAUAGAAACAGCGCACAUCUUUAUGAAAUUGCUGGAACAUUUCUGUACAAAUCGUAGCAUUGUUGUUCAAAGACACACUGUUUCUAGGAAGCGCAAGACCAAAAAAUCAACUCCAAGGGAACAAGGAGCAACAAGAAGUCCUGAAGAACUGUGGGAUGAACUUGGACCACAGAUUUCUGCUGUGUUUCAGAAUGAUGCGAAUAUUCCUAGUGAUAUAGUUCCUUUUGACGCAGCUUCUGAUAAGGACAUGGAUGAGCAGAAGGUUGAUGCCAUGCAUAAGAUUCAGACAUUACUUCGUAAUCAACAGUUCGAAGAAGCAAUUGGUCUGCUGCGUGCUUCAAGGGAAGUAUGGCCUGAAAAUGACAGCUUUGGCAAUGCAAACAUGGCGCCUGAAGAAGAAUUCAUGGCAGUAAGAGAUAUCUUCAUGGCUGACAUCCAAAAUCCAGAACUGGUUCAGGCAUCAGUGGCAGCAGAAGCAAUACAGGAAGGCCCUGAAGAGGAAGAAGAUGAAGAGGAACAGCAGGCUGUGAAUAUAUCUGUCGGAGAACAAGAUUUCAAAUUCAUAGAUUUUUCUAGAAGGUUUGUGCACUAUCGAGUGGUGCAAGCCUGCAGUCUUCUCUUGAAGCAAUUUGAGAGGAACUUGGCCCACACCAACCAUUGCAUCACCAAGAUGUUGCACAGGAUAGCAUGGGAUUGCAAAGCACCUGCCAUCCUAUUCCAGGCAUCUCUGUUUCGUACAUUCCAGCGCAUCCUUGACUCCAAACAAGGGAAGCAUAAGGAGCUGGCCACAUUUGCGCUUUUCAUUGUGCGGAAAUUCACAGAAGUAGCCAGUACCAACAGCAAGGUGUAUAUGGAGCUGUUGUUUUGGAAGACAUCUCGAGAUGCGUACGAUAUUGAACAGGGCUAUGGAAGUUAUCAGGAGAAGACACGUUCGUCAAAACAAGUGUGGAGUGAGGAGGAAGAAGAGGAACUCCAUCGUUUGUAUCAGGAAUUCACAAAGAAGGCAGAACUUGAAGGUGGUGGUAGUGGACAAGAUGUAGUGGACUGGAUACUCCAAAAUCUAAUAAAUACUUCACGAUCUCAUCGAAGCUUGAGCAAGAAAUUGCGUGAGUUAGGUUACAAUGUUGGAACUAAGAGGAGUCACAAGUCUGGAAAUGUGCGGCCACCCAAGGAAUGGGCAGAAGAUGAAGAGCAACAACUCAGAGAACUAUAUGAAGAGUUCAAGAUUGCUAAUGAUCCAUUACGUUGCAUUAUUGAUCGCCUGAGAGUUCAUCGACCCAAACAUCGAAUCGUUGAGAAACUUCUGGAAAUGGGCCUCAUCCAGGACAGAAAAGAGCUAUGGAAGAAACGAGCUAAAAAGUCAAAAGACACUGUAUUCCCCAAUACUUCAGGUUGGGAGUCUGUUGCUAGUGAUGAAUCAGAUUCAGAUGAAGACAGUGACUCAGGUGGUGAUGACCGUUCCUCGGACGGCGGUGCUGCAAACAGAAUGCCUGCUGCCAGAAUGACACAGCCCAAGCAGAAACAUGAUAACAACGGGGGCCACAAGAAAGCAGCUGCAUGCAAAAAGGGGGGAGCACCCAUGCCAUAUUCUUCAGCAGAAUUAAUCAGUUCUUUUAAUGAAGUCAUUAAUGCUGGGAUGACAGCUGCUCUUCGUUGGGUAUCAUCAUCAUUGCAAGAGGUGGCUGAUGACAGAGAAGCAGAUGGUGAAGAGGAGAUCAUCCCUUUGGUUCCCAUUACUGAGGAGGCUAUGACUGCUAUGGAAAAUCCACAGUUCCUUAAACUUCUGACUGCCCUCAACAUUGUCCCACCUUCAGAUGAACAGGAGAUAUAUUGGCGUAUUCCAGGCCAUCUGAGCGUUCAAGAUCUUAAGAAAAGGACUGAGAUCAUUAAUCAAGCACUAGAUGGGAGUUUGAUAACACAACAUAGUGGUGAGGGGAUAGAUGGCAGUGCAGGAAGUAGACAAGAUAAUGACGCAGAUGGAAACAUAAACAGUUCUGAAGAAACAGAAUUUUCAAGCAAACAAGCAGCUGAAACAAAGAUACCAAAGGCAAAAAGGAAUAAGAAUAAAAAUCCUGCACAGAAAAUCAGGAAGCACCUGCAGCUUGAUUCAGAUUCUGAAACAGAAGAAAUAAAUCGUAAUUCACUGGCUCAAACAGGUGAAUCUUCAGAGAGUAUCAUCUCAGGUGAAAGUCCACAAAAUAGAAGGAAAAUUUUUACAUUGGAUUCUGAAAAUAAUGAAAAAAGCAGUAACUCCAUGAUGUGGAAAGUUGAUCAUCCCAUUGCAGCAGGAAGUGGGAUGGAUGGUGAUUUAAACAGAACUACAAAGAAGAAGCGCACACACUUCGUACUUGACUCUGAUUCUGAAACAGAGGAAACAAGCCUUAGCUCAUUGGUUCAGAAUGUUUACAUUCCUGACACAAAAAGUGUAACAGAUGGCAGUUCAAAUGGGACUACGAAGCAUAUUGUCACCAGUGUCGCGCUGAAUUCCGAUUCCGAAAAUGAAGUCAUCGGAGCCCGAGCUGAACCGACAAGGCGUGAGUACAAAAGAGUUCUUAGUGGCUCAGACUCAGACGGUGACAUUUCACAUUCCAUCAAAAGGAGCAAGACCACAUUUUCUGCUGAUGAAGCUAAUACAAUGGACACAGAAAAAAGACAUUCAGAAGAAGAAACAGAUGGUAGCAUUAAUAUGCAGAAACAUAAACGUAGAAUUAUUUUGAGUGACGAUGAAGAAGAUGUUUUGUUAAUUGAAUCACUAUAACAAGGUGCCAUUUUGACAGAAUUGCAUUGACCUGUAUCAUUCAUUAAUAGGGUGUUUUCAUCCCCCAUGGUAAAGAUGUUUGUAUUGAAAACAUACCCUCUGUGCAUGCUUCUUCAAGGACCAUGUAAUGCUCAUCUGAUAAAGGUUAACAAGAAUCAUACAGUGAAUAAUUUUUAUGAACUGAGUAUUAGCUUACAUUCCUACAUGUGUAGAAAGCAUGCCCUUUAAAUUAAUUUAUAAUAAACUCAUUAAAAGCACCAUUCAUAUUCAGAGUAGGAGUGUUUCUUCCACUUGUUUCGUUUUAUUAUAAUUCCUCACUCUCCGUCUAUAAGCUAUAGUGAACAAAAGCCAAAUGUGUGAUAUUUGAGAUGUUUAAAGCAGUAGAAUAUUUAGACUGUGCUCCUCUGGGUUAUAUGUCAUAACACUGUGUAGUCAGGUUAUUGACUGCUGCCUCCACAUUCGGGAUAGAAGUCCACUUGUACAUGAACAGUGAAGAUG